CUCGACCUCGUCGUCGCCGCCGGAAUAGGAAGGAUGAGGCUCACCACAUGGAAUGUCAACGGCAUCCGCAAUCCCUUCUCCUACCCGCCAUGGAACACGUCCCGCUCCUACUCGUCCAUGUUCGACGUGCUCGAGGCCGAUAUUGUGGUGAUGCAGGAACUGAAGAUUCAAAGAAAAGACCUCAGGGAUGACAUGGUGCUGGUGGAUGGCUGGGACUGCUAUUUCUCACUGCCCAAGCACAAGAAAGGAUACUCGGGCGUGGGAAUCUACACUCGGAAUGCCACUUGCUCACCCAUUCGAGCCGAGGAGGGUGUGCUGGGUGUGCUCCCGAGCAGCAAUGCGGGAGUCCCAUACCGAGAGCUGCCCGAGGAGGAUGCCAUUGGAGGCUACCUCAAUACCGAGCAGUACUCGCACCUGUGGCAGCUGAGUGGUGAAGACCCGGCUGGUCUUGAUGCAGAAGGCCGAUGCGUAAUUCUAGAGUUCCCGGCCUUUGUUCUAUUAGGUGUCUACAGCCCUGCCAACAGCAAUGGCAUGAGAGAUGGCUUCCGCUAUGGCUUUCUGUGUGCAUUGGACUGUCGCAUACGCAACCUGAUCAAGAGCGGGAAAAAUGUGGUCCUCGUUGGAGACCUCAAUAUCACGAGGCACGAGAGCGACAGUGCGAGCACAUUGGAGGAAAUUCGCAAGAAGCAGGCGACGAGAGAGGAGUUUCUUGCAGGAUCCAAUAGGAGAAUAUUCAACCAGCUACUGCUCGAUGGCGAAGUGCUUGGUGAGCGAGAUGAAGGGAGAGAGACGGCCGUGCUAUGGGAUACGACCAGAGGCUUCCACCCCGACAGAAAGGGCAUGUACACGCAUUGGGACACGAAGAUCAAUGCAAGGCCUGGAAACUAUGGCAGUCGCAUCGACUUCGUGCUGGUUGCCGAGGCCAUGAGGAGCUGGAUCAAGGAUGCCAACACACAGGAGGGAUUGCUGGGAAGCGAUCAUUGUCCUGUGUACGUGAAUUUCUAUGACAAGGUAAAGACCCGAGCAGGCGACGUGGAUCUUCUAGACAUCAUGAAUCCCCCUGGCAUGUUUGAGCAGGGCAAGAGGAAGCAAGAGUGGAACGUUGCAUCGAUACCUGGCUUCUCAGCCAAGCGUAUGUCAGAAUUCAGUGGAAGACGGACUCUCAAGAGCAUGUUCGCGGCGCCGCCCAUGAAGAAGAUACAAUCCGAGCAGCAAGAGUCAGCAGUGGAGGCAAAUGCAAUUCCUGAUCUUCUGCCUUCCCAAAACGAUAAUUCAAGACUUCCUUUGGCAGAUUCUGGCCAGGACAGCACUCGCGCUUCGACAGCGUCAUCUAACAAACGAAAGGCGUCGGUGGCGGCGCCUGCUGUCAAGGAGCCACCUAUCAAGCGCCAAAAGUCUGAUGCGAAGACGACAGCAGCAAAAGGCCAGAGAAGUCUGAAAGGCUUCUUUCAAGCGAAGAAUGCAUCCUCUCCGACCAAGAUUUCUUCACCAGAGAAGCAGCCCGAGACUUCUGGUGAUAUCACUAGCAUCAACAGCGAUGAUCUCGAGCUGCAACGUGCCAUGAAAGCUUCCACUGCUUUAAAUUGCCAACUCUCCCAAGCAGGAGCAGAUAUCGACGACGUCCCACCAUCUGCAGAGCCCUCGACACCGAGAUCAGCAGAACCUCCAGACCCAGAAGAUCUAGACAUGUCUCCGCGCUCCUUUGCUCAACAACUCGCCUCUGCAGAGCAGACCCAGAAGUCAUGGUCCUCGCUUUUCGCUAAGCCGGUGGCGCCCCUAUGUGAAGGGCACAGUGAGCCGUGCAAGAGCAUGCUUACUAAGAAAAAAGGCUACAAUCAAGGCCGGAGCUUUUGGAUGUGUGCGAGACCGCUUGGUCCCACUGGCGAAAAGGACAGGACGACCGGGAGUCAAUGGAGAUGUCCGACCUUCAUCUGGUGCAGCGAUUGGCAGGGUGGCAGAGUACAUGCCGAUAAAGGUGGAGAAGGAAGUCCAGUGAAGGAUGGGGUCGAUUGAUCCUAGGAGGUACCUCUGCCAGGAGUAUGACUAACGACAGCUUACGAGAAAUUUGGAAUGACACGAAAGGGACGGACGAACAUGGAUACCUUAUGUGGCUUUGCUUCUUAUGAUACCCAUGUAACGAUUAGCUUCAGACAUACUUCAUAUGGUAGGCAUGCAGCCAAGUGCUGUCACGGGAACACUUAAUUCAUGCGAAGAUACAAUACGCUGAU